UCCUUCAAAGCUUCGCCCAAAUUGGUGUGUACCUUUUAGCCCUGGACUUUUCGAGUCUUGGCUCAACCCCACCUCUGCAAGGCAUGUGCUGUGCUGGCUCUGUGCCGUCGCUCGCCGGAAAAUUUGUCCAAAAGGACGGGGUGUGGAACAUUGGCGAAACCUUGGCAGUCCUGGGGGUUACCCACCUGGGCAACAUGUUGUUGGCUUUGUGCUCCACUCGCUUUGAAAGCUCUCUGCCGACAACGGACCUCGCCCAUUCGGAUUCCAUGCCGCUGCUCCGCAACCUCGCCCGGCCUGAGUUGUCCACCUCUUCGGUGGGUGCUAGCCGUACCGGCUUGCCUGCCCCUCCCUUAGACACAAUGCUCGUGGGCUCAGGCGUGUCCUUGCGGUGCCUUUCCUGGCCGGGCCCCAGCUUGUCCCCCGUCUGCAGCCCGCGCCUUGGACUUUCGCUGCCGUCGCCGGACCUUGGUUGCGUCGGCAGCUCCGCGCCCCUCCGCCGUGCCGCACGCCCAAGUUCCCUGCCCUCCGCCUGCGGCCGCGUGCCUUUUGGCCCUGCGGUGCCGACCACAGACUUCGCGCGACCAGGUCCUUCGCCUUCGCUCCAAGGCUCUGCGCGCGCGGCAUCCCCGGCGCCGCCCGCCGACGUCGUGCGGCCUGACCCCCCGGCGCCUUUGCAAAGCCCCGCCCGCCUCGGCAGCUCGUCACUUUUGCUUGGCGCCAUAUGCCUGGGCCCGACACCAAGCCUGUUGGAUACCCUGGACGUUGGCCUGAUGCCGCCUUUGCGGAGUCUCGCUUGCGCGGAGUUGACUCUUUUGGCGGUAGGGACGCUGAGCCUUGGACUGAUGUUGGCUGUUCCUGACUUUCUCCACCUGGGACUUGCCUCGUUUCUGCAUCAACCCGGAUGUUUGGAGCCGGCCUUGCCGUUGCCCGGCCUGGUUUGCUCAGAGUCCCCCAUGUUUCCUUUGGCCGCGGCGAGCACCGGCAGUUUGCUGCCACUCCGCAGCCCCUCGAGGCUGGGCGCGUUUCUGUUCCUGGUGGACAUGAUCACAUUCGGCAGCUCCUUUUCUCUGCGGAGCCUUGCGCAGGUGAACUCGAUGUUGCUGGUGCCCGGCGUCACCAGAUUGGGUCUGCCGCUCUCCCCGCUCUGCGAGUUUCGUGCUGGCCCCUUGCUGUUCCCUCAGAGCUUUCGUCUCGGCACCUCCGCCCCUGCCUCGAACUCCGCUGAGCCGGGCUUGCCUCCGGCCUCGCGGAGCUUUGUGUGGACCGCCUCCGCGCCGCCCUCGUCCGGCAACGCUCGUGCGGGUGCCUUGUUUCUUCUGCUGGACUUCUCGCACUUGGGCUUGCCGCCUGUGGCCCGCAGCUCGAUGCGCUCGGACUCCGCAGCGUUUGCGCCCGACUUCGCCGCGCUGGGCUCGUCCCUGCCGAUGCGCAAUGUGGCGCGACUGGCCAUCACACCCUCGGCUUGCGGCGUGGGCCACACGGGGCCUGCAGCUCUGGCACUGGACUUCUUAUCCCUGGAAAGUCCGUCGCCACCCAAAAGCUCCACACGGACAGGCCCGCGAGUGUCCGCCCCCAGCCUCGCACACUUUGGGCUGUCUCCUUUGAUGCGUAGCUCGCUGCGCUUGGCCCCGGCACUGCUGGUUUUUGGUCUGGGUCAGCCGGAGAUGCUGCUGCCAGCCCCAGACUUUGCACACACUGGAUUUUCGAUUUUGGUGCAAGCGCCCUCAUGCACGGAAGCCUUUUCGGCGCCCUUCGAUUUUGCACAUUCGGACCCCUCUCCCACCGCCCGAAGAUGCGGCAAGUCAGACCUGACGACGCUGGCCCUUGGAAUGCUGCGUGCCAGUGACUCUUUGCCGGCCCUGGAUUUUGCAACCCUAAAUUCCCUCAUGCCAUUCCAACAACCCACGCGCUCGGGCCUGAUGUCAUUUGCAUUGAAUGUCCGAUCUGCAAAGAAGCUAUCGGUCGUGGACUGCACGUGUUGGGGGAGCACCAUGCCUCUUAGGCAAAUGACCCGAGUGGGAGUUUCACCAUUUGCCUUGGGGAGAUUUUGCGUUGGCUUGCCGCUGCCGGCUCUGAAUCGUGGCAACUUGGACAGCUUGUUGUUGAUAAGGAGCUUGGUGUGACCAGGUGACGCCUUGUUAAUUGAAGCCUUCUACCACCCCGAGCCCUUGUUGUUGCCGCGGCAGCAUGUACACGUCGCAUCUUCCCACACAGCAGGCGGUGCGGCCCGCGUGGGGUACUCGCUGCCGUGUUUAGACUUUGCCAGCCUGGGCCCUCUGCUGUUCAUGCAAGACUUGGUCCGAGCGGCCAAGUUGCUGUUCGCCAUGGGCCGGGAAUCCCUCGGCUCGUCUCUGCUGGUUUUGGAUUGCUCCGUCCUAGGCAGCUCCUUCCCUACCCGCGGCAUGUGCAAUACCGUUAACCCGUUGUCCACUUACAACCACGGGAUCAAGUGCGGCUGGGUGGCUCCGGACAGCAGCCUCUCAGUCCGCGCUUUGAUGGUUUUCGGGCCCUUGAUGUCUUUGUACGGUGUGGGGCGCUUUGGAGGCUUGACGCCUGUGUCGGAUUUCUUGCAUUUGGAGCCUUCGGCUUCCUUGCGGUCCUUCGCCCGCCUGGGCUUCGCCUUGUUGGUCUCGGACUUUCUACGGCUCGGUCCGUUGCCGCCCCCCCGCAGUUUCGCGCGUGCGGGUUUCUCCGCGCCGGCCCCUGGCUCGGCCCAUUCCGGGCCCCCGCCCUCCGCGCGGAACUCGGCGCGGACGGGCGCCUCUGCGGCCGUCUUGGGCUCUGCGCGGCUGGGCGCGGCGGCUUCCGUGUGGGACAUGGCCAGCUUGGAGCCCCCGGCGUCAACCCGCGGCCUCGCCCGUCCAGGGCCAGCGCUGCUUGCCCUGGACUCCACCGCCCCUGGCAGCCCAUCAUCACCGCACUGUCCCGCUCGCGCCGGCUCCGCGCUGCCGGCGCUUGGCUGUGGUCGCACAGGCCCUGAGGCGUUUGUUCCUGGCUCUCAGCAAGCGGCAGCCUCCUCGCUGUUGCAGAGCCUGGCCAGGUGCGGGCCAGCCCUCCCUGUUCUGGGCGUGUCCCGCGGAGGAGCCCUUGUGUUGGCGCUGGAUUUUGUAAAGCCUGGAUUCCUUCCACUGUUGCAGGCGUUCAGCCAAGUGGACUUGGCAGCCUUGGUGUUGGAUAUGGCUCUCCCAGGAUCCUUUUUUCUUCUGAGAGCUCUUGGUCAUCUGAGCUCUACCUUGCCAGCUCUCUCCAGCGUGCAGGUGGGCUUUCUGCUGCCGGCCCUGGACUUGGCAAGUUCAGGUCCCCCACUGCCAGCGCAGACUUCCACGCACCCAGCAGCACCGCUGGUUUCGUGUGGGCUUGGGAAGACGGGCUUCGCCACGUCGGUGUCAGGCCCUGCAAGCCUCGGCAGCCCGCUGGUUUCGAGAGGCCUAGCAUAUCCUGGACUUCUGCUUCCAGCCCUGACGCUUGUUGGCCCGGGCAGCUUGUCGUCACUGCAAAGGCGCGGCCGUGUGGCUAGCUCUUUGUUGCCCCUCGGCGGUCUCCGCAUUGGUCCGGUGUCGCCAGCCCCGGACUUUGCCCGUGCAGCCAGCCACCUGUCCGCUAGGAACAUGAUCCGCUCCGGAGCGCCGCCGCCGCUGGCUGGGCUGGGCCGGGCCUCGGUGGAUGCUUCGCCUUCAGUGUUGGACUUCAUCCGGGCGGCGGCCUCCAUCUUGGCGCGCAGCUCGGCAAGGGCAGGCGAGGCCCUGGAAUUCGAGAGGCUCAGGAAGUGGAGCAUCCUUGCUCUAGAGCUUACGGACUCCUUCACCGUAGGCUUCUUGAUGCUGCCUCGUGUGUAUGCAAGACUUGGCCCCUUUUCGCCAGCAUGCGGGCUAACUUGCCUUGGCCCUGGCCCCUUUGCUUUGGACUUUGUAAGCUCAGACCUGCUGUUGCCUUUACAUCAGCCUACUCGCCUGGCAUUCCCCUUGCUCGUGGGCGGCUCAUCCCGUUCUGGCAGCACUUUGUUUGUGUCGGGCUCCUCGCAUUUGGGCGUUUCUUCGUUACCCCGGUCUCCCUCACACCUGGGGCCUUUGCUGGCCGCCUGCACUGCAUGGCGUUUGGGCUCGGCGCCUCCACUGCGCGCCCUCGCCCGCCUCGGCCCUGCCGUGCCCUCCGCUGGCGCGUCGCUGGGACCGCCGGCUUUGGCUUUGGACCUCGCCUCGCCAGACCCGACGCCUCCGCCGCGGAGCGCCAGCCGCCUGGGCCUCGCGCCCUCCGCGCCAAGCUUCGCCCACGGCGCCUCCUUGCUGCCCCGUGGCUUCAGCCGCAUAGGCCUCCUGCCGGCCGCAGUAGGAGCUGCGCGCGCAGAGCUGUGCCCACUUGUGAUAGACGUUGCGCAGCUGGGCGCAGCCCCGAGCCCACGAAGCUUUGGAAGAUUGGAGGCAGCUGCACUUGUCCCUGAUCUAGCCAUGGUGGGGUUGCUGCUUCCCUUGCGGACUGUGACUUGCCCCGCAUUGUUCUUGUCGCUGUUGUCGCUGACUGGCUUGGGCAUGCUCUCGCCUGCCCCAGACGUGUGUUGCUUGGAUUCAUUAUUGUUGCUUCGCAGCUCUGCUCAUGUGGACUUGCUCUUGCUGCUUUGCGCCCUGUCUCGCGUGGAACUGGCAGCACUGGCAUCAGAUUGGGUGCGCUCAGAUCCUUUGCCGUUUUUGCGCAGGUUCAGUCGCACAGAGCCACCAAUGCUGGCCGUGGUGGCUGCACGGCUCGGCCUCUUCUCGUCUGUUUGGAGUUGGUGUCUCCCAGGCUCUUUGCUGCCACCACACAGCUGUGCCCAGCUGGAUCUCCCACUGUUCCCGGCGGCCGUGUGCCGUUUGGCGGCGUCGAUGCCAGCCUCUGAUGGUGCACUCUUCGCCCCGACCUUGUCAGCGAGGAAGCUCGCUUGGCCUGGUGCCUCUGCUUUGAUGCCGGGACCCGGCAGCUUGGGUGCCAGUACGCCAACUGUUGGACUUCUUCACUUGGACACAUCUCUGUUGCCGCAGGGCUCUGCUCAAGCAGGUCUAGCCACCUUGGUUCUUGACAUGCACAUGCCAGGCAGCUCGCCCUCCCCCCGCAGCUGCGCACAUGCAGAUGCUGCGCCCCCACCACUGCGAUGUGCCCGUCCAGGUGUCGCCUUGCUGGCCGCAGCCUUUGCACAGCCCAGCCCACCAAUGUCCUCGCAGAGUUGCCUGUGCUCCGGCCCAUUUUUGGUCUUGCCCUGCUCUGCGCGGCUUGGCGUGCCCGUCAGCCUGGUGGAUUUCUCGACUUUAAGCCCAGCGCCUUUGGCUCAAAGAUUCGGCCGUCUUGGGCUGUCUCCUUUUUUUGUGGGCGCAUCGCGGCCGGGUGCUUCGCUUCUUGUCGCAGACCCCUCAAUCCCUGGCCCCUUGCUGUCGUUGAGGUCGUUUGUCCACCUUGAUGCCUUGCUUCCACCUUCGUCCUCCUGCACCGGAGCGACUGCAUUGCCUGUGGUGGACUUUACUCAACUGGACCCGCCCCCACUCCUUCGCACUUCCGCCCACCCAAGCUCGGCAGCGCCAUUCGUCGGCACGUGCUCCGCAGGCGCACCUUCACCAGCCUCGGAUCUCGCGCAGCCAGGUGCAUUCUUGUCACCUCGGCAAUCCCUCUGCCUGAGCCCACCACUCACGGCCUUUGGCGCGUCGCGCGCGGGGUUGUCGCUGCUGGCUUCUGACCUCGGCCACUCGGGUGCCCCACUGUCACUGCAGAGCUCCCUUCGACUGAGCCUCCCGCCAUCGACAGUCGGACGCCUUCGGCCGGGCUUCGCUGUGUUGGUGCUGAACUUCUCGCAGCUGGGAUCAUCGCUGGCUUUGCGAGUCUCUUCCCGCCCUGCGCCGCCGCCCUUCUUGGUCGGCGCAGCUUGCGUGGGCCCGUCGGCUCCUGCCUCUGACCUUCAACCUCCGGGAGCACCUUCGCUUGCUCAGUCCUCCUCUCGUUCAGCGGUUUCUUCGCCUACCUCCGGAACAGCACGUUUCGGCAGCCCGCUGCCGGUGCCGGACUCCGUGGCCACGGGCGCCUCUUUGGUCGCCCGAAACCACGCGCGCUCGGCGUCCAGCCUUUCCAUCUCCUUCCCGGGGAGAUACCUGGGAUUUAUCCCGCGCUCUCCCUUCCCGGUGCAGGCCUUCGCGAAAGUCGGCUUCAGCUCUUCCGUGCUAUCCAUGGCGCGGCUCGAGAAGUCGACCCCUGCCCUGGACUUUGCAAGCUUAGGGUCUCCGCUGCCUCUACGGAGCCGCGCUCGGCCUGGGCCUGCGCUACUUGCGUUUUCUUUUGCGCAGCCCGGAGCGUUCCUGCCGCUGCAAGGCCCAAAUCGCAUGGGCUCUGCUUUGUUUCUGUGUGGCCUGGCGCGGCCAAGCAGCACCCUGUCCGUCUACGACAGUGUGUGUGUUCUUUCCAGCGCGCAGCUGGUGAUGCCAUCCUGGACGAUCAACUGGGACGCCGGCACCAGCGAGCUCCAGUUCAAGACGGGAGCCACCAAGGUGCUGGCGGUGACUGCCCAAGGAGGAAAUUUGCACGGCACCUGGAUGACGGAGAGCAUCAUCAGCGCUUCUGACAGCCGCCUGAAGAGUGAGGUGCUGCCGCUCUACCAGUCCCUGCUCCAGGAUUCGCAGCGAGGCGACGAGAGAGAGGCCUUCUCCGGGUCCGAUGCCCUGCGCUCGCUGGAAUCCAGGCCUGGCGCCUUCAACUUGAAGCUGGAGGCCACGGAGCGCGCGCACCGGGCGCUGCCCGGAGUCGUGCGGGAGAUGCCCAGCAAGGAGGGAAGACGCCUGGGCAUCUCGCACCAGGACUUGCUGGCGGUGAUCACUCUUGCGGCGAAGGAGCGUGAGCAGCGCUUGGUAGCCCUGGAGGCCCAGGAAGCGGCGGAAGUGGCCCAACAAGAAUCCCAGGAGGUCCUCAUCAAGGAGCUCUUUGAGCAAGUGGACCAGCUGUCCUCGAGGUUCGCCCGGCUGAGGAGCAGAAUUCCUCGAUGAGCUCAGCCCGUGAGAGCUGAGGUGUCCAAAGCUCCGGAUUUGGCCAUUUCAGUAGGGGUGCCUGGCCUCAGGGGAAUGUAGUCGGCCC